AUGCUUUUUGGCUCUAAGGUAGGAGAUGCUUCUAAACGAACGAAUGAGAAGGAAGACAUUGAUUUUUUGGAGGGUGACAUUCAGAAGAACUUUGUAAAUGGAGUGCCUUCUAUUACUUUUUCUGACAGGAUACAUCAUAUUCUCUUUCAGGGCAUGGAAAACAUCGUGGUAUUAAAAUUACUUGGUCGCAAUAUAGGUUUUUCGGUGUUGCAAAAUAAAAUCUACAGUAUGUGGAAACCCUCAGCACCUAUUCACAUGAUGGACAUUGAGAAUGACUAUUUUUUAGUCAAAUUUCAGAACAAACAAGAUUGCCAAAAGGCUCACUCUGAAGGACCAUGGAUCAUUUUUGGUCAGUACUUGACCGUUCAGCCAUGGACGAGGGCUUUUGACUCUGCCCAGGCCUACCCAAGUGUCGUCAAGGCGUGGAUUAGAUUCCUUGCGCUCCCUAUUUAUUUGUAUAAUCGCAAAGUUAUCACAGAAAUUGGGGAGUUAGUCGGGAAAGUGGUUAAACUAGACAUGAACACAGAUAGUAGGUCACCGGGUCGCUUUGCUAGAAUGGCAGUCUACGUCAAUCUGGACAAACCUCUGGUUUCUCAGGUUCUGAUCAAUGGCCGAACGCAGAAGGUGGAGUACGAGUCAUUAUCAACCAUCUGCUUUAAUUGUGGGAGAUAUGGCCAUGUAGAUAAUAUGUGUCCUUUUAGAAAUGUUGAGUCAUCGACUGAGAAGGGUAAUAAGUCGCCGGAGGUGAGUUCGGAAAAUUCAAAAUCAGCUAGAGAAGAAUCGGAGAAGAAAGACGAGAGUUACGGGCCAUGGAUGAUUGUAGAGAGGAAAUUAAGACGGAGAGCAAGGGAUAACGGCCAGAAGACUGCCAGAUUUUGUGGGAAAGAUAAGGAAGGUUCCUGCAUUGCUGGGCAUAAUAAUAGCAAUUUUAUGAAAGAAAAUAAUGAGGAAGACAUUAGUGCUGUUCGAAACUCUAAAGGGAAAUAG